ACUCGUGGCCGCAUCGUGUCCUGACUGGUAUUGUGCGACAGUGUUAGAACCCGGAGACUUCUAUCUACGGGGACGUCAUGGGGCAUCCACCUCGACUCACGGGGACGACCCUCGCCUGCCUUUUGCUCCUGUUCGCGGUUGCUGAAUCGGCCAAUAAAUGCACAGUCGGCUGUCAUGGAAUGCAAUCAAACAAAGCGUAUCAGGAGGGGCACACGUAUGUUUACGAUUUGCAAGGGCAGUCGGUGACGACAGUCGCCGAUGCACAAGGGGAUGCAAAACUUAAACUGGAUGCCACCGUGGAAUUAACCGUGAAACCGGACUGCGUCCAUCAACUGCGGUUGACAAACGUCAAGAUCAAUGGAGCGCAUCCAUCGACGCCAGACGUUGAGCAGUACGCGGUUCAGUUUAAUUACCACAAUGGACAUAUCGACACGGAGAUUUGUACCGAACCAGGUGACUCACAAGCGUCUCUUAACAUCAAGAGAGCAGUUGUCUCCAUGUUCCAAUCGGCUGUUAUGCAAGAAAGCGGUUCAACAGUAUACCACGAGACGGACGUUCUGGGAGCGUGUCCAACGCAAUUCCAGUUCUUGAAAGACGGCGAUACGCAGGUGAUCCGCAAGACCAAGAGUCUGGAACAGUGCGCGUUCCGCGAGAACGUGAACCAGGGUUUGAUAUCCGCGAGCAUGGAUACAGCAGCGGGCAUCAAAUCUUCACCUCUUCUUGGUUCGAGCCAAGAGUCGGAACAACAUUUCAAACAGGGCGUCCUGAACAAGGCACGUCUCCGCGAACGCUACACUCUGAAACCGUUCAGAAAUGCUGGCUCCGGCGCUGACACAAACGUGGAGACCACUCUGACAUUGAAGAGCGAGAAAGGCGACAAUCCAGCUGCUCCGGUAUCUCAACCCAAGUCUGUGAUCUUCGAAGCACCUCACCCAGUCUUGCAAUCAUCUCCAGAAGCCAUUAGCAACGCGAUGAAAGCUGCCAAGGCGGAAGUGACAGACGGUGUGAAACCACCAGCAGCUAGGAGGUUCGUAGAACUGGUGAAGGUUCUCAGACAGAGCAACAAGAACGACAUAAUGUCCGCAUACCAGAAGGUUAAAGCUAACAAGGAAGACCAAAGGCUCUUCCUGGACGCUUUGUUCAACACAGGAAGCGGCGAAGCAGCCGAAGUUGGAGCUGAUUUGGUGAAAAAGAACGAACUUACCGGCGUCCAGGCUCUUCUUUUCUACGCAAGCUUGCCUCUGGUGCGCCACGUCCACCUUUCGUCUAUGACAGCUGUAUCGACAUUACUGAGCCAGCCUAAUCUACCUCGACUUGGUUAUCUCGGUGUUGGACAGGUGAUUGGAAAGUUCUGUCAGGAUCAUACUUGCGAGAAUACGCCUGAAGUGAAGGAAGCGGUGCACAAGAUACGCGACAAAGUGGGUAACGGAAAAGCGAAGAGCAGAGAGCACGAGAACACGAUCGUGGUCGCUCUGAAGGCUCUUGGUAACACUAAGUUCUUGGACGAUGCUACUCUGCAGAAGUUGGCGAACAUAGGUUCGGAUAAGAACGUGAAGAACCGUGUACGAGUGGCUGCCAUCGAAGCAUUGCCAACCAGGUGCUCGAUGAAAUGGAAGAACAUCAUGUUCAAGGUGCUGAAUGACAAAGAAGAGGACAGCGAAGUGAGGAUCAAGACCUAUCUCUCGUUGGUCGCUUGUCCAUGCGCGCACGUAGCUAAUCAGCUGAAAGAAACGUUGGACAAGGAACCUGUAAACCAAGUUGGAUCCUUCAUCCAGAGUCACUUGAGGAACCUCCGAGCUUCCACCGAUCCCAGUAAAUUAGCAGCGAAGAAUCAACUUGGACUGAUCAAGCCUCGCACGAAAUACCCCGAGGACAUCCGUAAAUACUCCUCGAACAGCGAAUUGUCGUACAAGAUCGACGCGUUUGGCGUUGGUUCGACCCUCGAGAGCAACGUGAUCUACAGCCAAAACAGUUUUGUUCCGCGUUCCUCGAAUCUGAACCUGACGAUGGAGCUGUUCGGUCGCAACUUCAACUUCCUCGAAAUAGACACUCGCGUGGAGAACCUGGAUCGAAUGAUCGAGCACUAUUUCGGGCCUAAAGGAAAGCUCUGGGAGCAAGAUUUGAAGGAUCUGACGUCUGAAAGCGUUGUUGGAAACGCCGAGAAGCUCCGCAACUACGUCCAAAAACGAUACGAGAACCUCCAGGAAUACAUCAAAGACCGAUACGAGAAGACUGGACGUAGAAAACGUGAGGUGAAGCAGGGAGAUUUGGACAGAUUCGCGAAGAACGUGCACCUAAGGGGUAACGAAGUCGAUCAAGAUCUCGACAUAGACCUCUCUGUGAAAUUAUUCGGCGUUGAACUGGCUUAUCUGAGCUACCAGGGUGACAGUAGCAAGCUGAAUCCUAAAGCAAUGUUCGACAAGAUGUUCGACACCCUGGACAAAGGCUUGGACCUUGCCAAGAACCUCAACUACGAUUUGGAGAAGUAUCUGCAGUUCCUCGAGGCUGAGUUGGUGUAUCCAACCGGUAUGGGAAUGGCGCUGACACUUGGUUUAACUGGAACAAGCGCUGUUCGCGUGAAGAGCAAUGGAAAACUCGACGUCAAGGCAAUCUUGAAAGACCCGAAGAACGCUAACGUGAAAAUUGCUCUGGAACCAAGCGUGUCCGUCAGAAUCGCCGGAUCGAUGAUUGUGCAAGGUCUGGGAGUUGAGUCAGGCAUGAAACUGAUCACUACUCUCCACUCAGCUACCAGCACGGACAUGUCUGUCUCUGUCUUGGACGGGAAAGGUGUCGACGUUAAGUUCGGUAUGCCGAAGAAGAAGCAGGAACUGAUCAACGUGAACAGCGAGGUGGUGCUCAGCACUGGACCAAAAGGGGACAAAUAUCUGCAGCCUAAAUUUGGAAAGAGCAAAGAGUACACUGACUGCUUCGAGCAACUCUCCGGCAUCCUUGGGGUGACUGUUUGCGGAGAAAUUUCUUAUCCCUACGAAGAUCUCACGACUAUUCUUAAAGAGAAGCCUAAAUUCCCGUUGAGCGGACCAGCGAAAUUCGCUGUCACAUUGGAGAACAACGACGUCACCAAUUAUCACUUCAAAGUCUACCUCAACACUCAGGACCCGGACAAACGUUCCUUCGAGAUUCUGCUGGAUACUCCUAAGAGCAGGACCAACAGACGCGUGGCACUGAAACUGGAAGCAGGCCUGAAGCCGAACAUGUACGCCAAGAUGUCCCUAGAUUCGCCAAUUAAGACAGCCUCUGUAGAAGGUAUACUUAAAAACACUCUUCAGGAACACACCCUGUCGAUCAUAAUUCUCCACGACAAGAACGAAUACAGCGGUCGUGUCGGAGUGCUUGCUAGUGGGAGCAAAUACAAGCCAGUGCUAGAGUAUAAAGUUCCCGAGCACAUUGAAAAAUUAGCCGGCACGAGUUCUGGAUCUAAGGGUCAACUGUACAAUGUUCAAGGUACGGUGGACGUGUCUGAUUAUCAAGGUGGUCAGAAGUACGUGUUGGACAAGGUUACCCUGAUGGUCGGUGAUCAGAAAACUGUCGCAAUCGAUGGUGACCUCGCAUGGACACCUAACUCCGUCUCGGUCGACACGAAACUCGACUACGACGAUAAGAAUCUGGCUUUGAAGUUAAAAGGGAAAAAGGAUGAGAAUAACUACGCGUUAUCCAUGACCGCGCUGCCAUCCACGGAUCCUAACACCCAGUUCAGUCUGAAUUGGGAGCUGAAGAGAAAAAAGGACGAGAUGGAGAACAAGCUGACCUUCGUCCAUGGACCUGAUCUGAACUCUGAGACGAACCGAUUGUCUUUGAAACAGAAACUUAUCUACCAGCUGAAUCCUGAAAAUCCUAUUUUAUCGACAGAGAACGAAUUGACUUAUCCCGCGUUAAAGCUGAAGCUGAAGGUCGACGGUAAAUUGACGAAAAAAUCUGUCAGCGGUGACGUGGAAGUGAAAUACGAUUACAUCAAGCUUGGCAGUGAACUCUCUGCCAAGGUGAACAUGGAGAAGCCUGGCGACUAUGAGGUGAAGCUGAAGGGUCAGUUAAUGGAGAACAGCGUUGAACUGAAGAGCAAGCGUACAGUUUUGGAGAACAAGAAGAGCAAGUACUCCAAUUCACUUGUGCUCAAGCCUGGUGGCAAAUACGACGCGGACGCAACUGUUACGUACGACGUGAGCAGAAACAACGUGAACGUGCAACUAGACGGAGACCUGAACGUAAACGGGAAGAAGGUGAAAGUUGACACAGGCCUCGAAGCUAAUUCACAGCUGUUGAAUUCUCGCGUUUUCAUGAAAAUCGACGGCGUGAAGUACAUCGAAUUCGUGCUGAGAACCAAGCGAACACCGAACCCGAGUGGCACCCUGACCUUGAACUUGAAGAACUACGUGACAGCCAGCGGUCAGUACACGUAUCAGAAUCGUAAAGGCAACGCGAAUCUGAACAUCGACAUGCCGAAGAUCAACCGAAAGGUGAAGGCUACCGGAACGCUGGCCGUAUCUGGAUCACAGCACGUUGGUAACUUCGAGGUUCUGUACGACGCUGAGAAGGAUCCAAACAAACGUAUCAAAUUCUCAACCAUAUCUGAUAUCACCAAGACAUCCGUGGACACGAAGAACGUUUUGGAGGUGUUGACGUACAAAUUUGAAGUGAACGCCAAGGGCAAUCUUCAAGGCACGUUUUCAAAUGGUCAAUUGCAGAUCGAAGCGGACGUUACUCUGCCGAACGGCCGUUAUCUGGUGUACAAAGGCAACCGUAACUCCGUAAAGAAGGACAACACGUACGACGUACAGGUGAACAGCGAGCUUGUCGAUCACGAGAAGAAAGGUGGACCGUCUAGGAAGCUGUCCUACGUCGCCGACGUGAAGGAUCUGAACCCGCAAGAUCUAACGUUCCAAGGCACCUCGCAAUUGAAAUGCGUGAACACAGAUGGAAAGGACACGCAGAUCGAUUGGAGUGGAAAACAUUUACACCAACCUAACAAGAAUAAGCAGAUCGAGGUGAACGUAGGAUUGAGCGGAGCGACCGUUCCAAAGAAGUUCCAGGUUAAGCUGAACACCGAGCUGGGCGAGAGUGAUGCAUCGUACCAGGCACAAUCGUCUUUGGGAGAUGAUUUCGCGUUGACGAGCAAUGGAAAAUUAGAAAAGGGAAACGAGAUCGACAAACCGUACAAGAUGAACGGCGUUCUGGACAUGAAGCUGCCCUUGGAGAAGCUGAACAAUCUGAAACUCGAGGUCUCCGGGAGCAUUUUGGAGUCAAAGGAGAAGGAUAUCAUGGAAGAGUCGGAGAGUUUUAAGCUGACGUACAACAAAGACAAGACGAUCCAACUGGACUCGUACGCGAAAUUGGUCGGAUGGAAUAAGAUCGAAACUGAGCCCAGCGAAGGAACGGGAAAACUUACUCUUAACGUGUUGGAUCUUCCUCCUUUGAAACUAACCAGCAAUUACAAGUACAGUCCUACACCUGACCAUAAGACAGCUACGGUGGAUGCAACUGCCAGCUAUGGAGAUAAAAAGAUUCGGAUUCGAUCCGACAACCAGUACCUGCCUGAUAAGGCUAUAGUCAGCCUUCAGGCUGAGGGCAACUUGCUUCUCGAAAAACUGCGCAACGUCAACUUGCAACUUGACUACAAGAGAUUUAAAACUGAGAACAGAUGGACGGUCGACAGCGACGUCACUGCUGAUGGUGUCAAAUACAGCUUGAACAGCGAGGUUCAGUAUCUGACCAACAGUGGUCUCUUCCACGUGACGUCCACCUGCCCGAAUGGAAAAACGGAAUUGCUCUCGAAGAUCGAGAAACUUGGCGAUAAUGAAUACAAAGGAGAAUGGAAAGUGAACACUCCCAAGGGAUUCGCGGUGACUGACGCUCACGUGGACUUGAACAGCGUCGACGAUUUCGUGAUCAACGCGAACUUCGACAGCGACAAGAUCCAGAAACGCAAGCUCCACGCUGAGAUCUCCAACAAACCCACCGCCAGAACUGGAAAGAGGAUCAACAUUGUUGUCACCAGCGACGGCCAGAACAUCGUGACUGGAAGCACGAACUACAAGAAGCGCGAAGAGGAUGGAAAGAUCGUGGUGGAGGGCAAUGGACAAUUGAAGAUUGGCGACGACACCAAGACCUCGUCGUUCAAGUACACUCGCCAGCAACUGACCCUUGAUAAGGACAAAGAAGUUGGUGUGGCGAUGGUAUUGAACGCGAACUUCGGACCAUCGGCGAUCGUUGGUGAACUGAAACUCUCGAACAAGGGUGUGCACGUGUUCAACAGCUACUGCGAGCAAAACAAGGACUGCGCUCAAUUUAAGCUCCAAUCGAUCCUUGACGUUGAAAAGAAAACACUGCUGAAACAUCAAAUAACGGUGGAGGUUGAUCUGAAGAAGUUCAACGUGCCAGCUGAAUUUGGACUGAAGACCAGUACAGAGUUCAACAAUCCCAUAUUCGAUCACACUACGAAUCUGUAUCUCCAUUCCUCCAAGGAUAAGUCUGAAUACACUUACCAAGCGUAUAUUCAUCCUAAAGAAGCAGCAACCGUUUUAACAUUGCCCUCUCGCGAAAUGGCCGCUGUUCUGAUCUACGAUCUGCCAAAGACUAAGCAAACCGGUGCAUACAAGGUGGACUUGUCUGUGUACUUAGAUAGAAAGAACAAGCCAAACGACAAAACUAGUCUAUCGGCCAGUGGAGACGUUGACAUCGAUAAGAACACUUUGUCCCUUAACGGAGAAACGAAAUUUACCUAUCCAACGCAGACUAAGGACAUGCUGGUGAAAGGAAGGCUGCACAGCAGUGGUCAACAGUUGUUAUCCGCCAACUUGGACAUCGACCUGUUCGCCAAGAAGUCCCAGAAGAUCUCGAUCACAGCGAACUUGAAGCGAGAACUGCAAGACGAUUUGAACAACAUAACCGGCACGGUCGGCGUGACCAGCCGUGGUCAGCAUUUGAAUCUGGAGUUGAACUCUCAUGUAGCUGUGUCGAAGAAUAAAGUAGGAUUCGGUGGUUUCUUCACCUACGACGACGUGAACCAAAAACCGAAGACCAUGGGCGGUUUCUUCUCCGCUAGCUUGAAACAUAUCACCACGUUCCUCACUUUGCCCGACAAAGAACUGCUCAGGGAAGAUUGCUCCAUGGAAUUCUCGCGUGACACCCAGCAGAUGGGCUGUUCAACUUCACUUCUGGGCGAAACGCCUACAGUUUAUGAAUUCGAGGUGAAAAACUUGAACCGCUUCAUGUUACAGGCGUUUUCGAAAGACAACCCCACGACCAAAAUCACCGUCAAUGGUAACGUAGUCCUCGGCCAAAUGGCACAGAUCAACGUGGACGCGUACAAGGAUAACGCGAGGAAGAACCUGUUCCACGCUUCGGUCCAUCUCGACGAGGAACACUUCUUGACACCUGACUUUGGCUACAGCAAGGAGAACGUGGUUGACACGAUGAACUACUUGAAAUCGAAGAAUCAAGAACACGAGAAGAGAUUGAAGGAUCUCUAUACGUAUGUGACGGAGCAAGUGAAGAUAGAGGGCACAGACCUCUUGGAACAUUUGAAGAAGGCGCAGCCAAACAUGAAACCACUUAUGGAGUACUAUCAAGGAGAAUUGAACAAGUUGAAGAACGAACUCCAGGCUGAUGAGACUAUCAAGGAAAUUCAAGCUACCUUGAACAAGUAUCUCGGCGCAAUCCUCACAGCUGUCACGGAGAUCAUGAAGCAAGUCGCGCAAGGAUUAGAGAAGCUGCAGCAACAACUGAACGAGAUUGUAGGCCACCUGAAAGAAGCCGUGAAAUCGGUUUAUCCUCAGAUGAAGAAAUCAUUGGACAAAGUAUUCGAUCAAGGUGUGCAAAUCCUCGACGCGGUAAUGAAACUGGGCCAAACGUAUCUCAAAGCCGUUCUCGACUUGAUAAACGACCAUCAGAAGGAGAUACAAGAUUUCAUGAGCGUGGUGUCUGGAAUGACGCAAGAUUUCGCCAAGAUCAUCACCAAGGGAUUGGAGCAGAUCAAACAGAACGCCGAGGAAUUCACCACUUUACUGGUGAACCAACUGAAAGCGCUGCCAGUUUUCGAGAUUCUGAAGGAGAAGCUGGAAGAGUUGAAGAAGUUCCAGAUACCGGAGCACAUCCUGGGACCUGUCGAUGAGUUCUGCAAGAUGUUGAAGGCUGCUAUGCCAACUAAUGCUCUACGUGAACUUGUCGAAAGCAGCUGUCAGUACGUGAUGAAGCACAUCAAACAUGAAAAGGUGAACGAGUUGAACGAACUGAAGACACUUUACUCGAAGCUGAAGAGCGCGAUUGCAUCAAUUCUGGUGAUGCUGGAAAAAGAGGCAAGAUUGGACUUGCUGAGCUACAUCCAAAUCCAGGCACCCAUAGAUUUGAGUCCUUUGUCUCAGAUUCCAGGCAUCUCUAGCGUCAGAGUCUCUGUCUUGAAUCUGUUGCGCAAUGGAGAGCUACCGUCGCUUUUGGAUUUGUAUUACGCGUACAGACCGACCCACCUUCCAAGCGACAUUUUGCCACCGUUUAGCAAGUCGGGAGUCGUCACUGGCGGAGGACACUUCUUCACGUUUGACGGACGCCACCUGACCAUGCCUGGAACUUGCACGUACGUUCUGGCACAGGAUAUGCAAGAUGGUAACUUCUCUGUCGUGGCGAACUUCAACAAUGGAGUUCUGAUCAGUAUCACGGUCACCGAGCCUAAGGAGAGCAUCACCCUCAAGAACAAUGGAAACAUUCUGGUGAACAACAAACCGGCCGAUUACCCAGCGAACACGAAGAAUUUGCAAGCCUACCACGUACCUCCUUUCAGCAGUGUCAAAUCCGAUUACGGUGUCCGCGUUACGUGUUUGGCCAAGACACCUAUGAUUUGCGCCGUCCAUGUUUCCGGUUUCUACUUGGGCAAGCUACGCGGACUCCUCGGCGAUGGAAACAACGAGCCUUACGACGACUUUACUUUGCCCUCCGGAAAGAUCACCGACAGUGGAACAGAGUUUGGUAACGCGUACAAACUGAAAGCUGACUGUCCAGAUGCGACCGCGGUCCACCACAAAGAUCGUGCUGCAGUCUGUACGGAUUACUUCACCGGUCAGAAAUCGUCAAUGAAAUCUUGCUUCGACUAUGUCAACCCUACUCAAUAUCGCGACGCCUGCGACCACGCGUUCGCCGCUGACAAAGAAGAAGGAGCUUGUGUAAUUGCCUCAGCUUAUCACUAUGCCUGUUACGCUAAGGGCCUCAUGAGCACACGUAUUCCCGCCUCGUGCACGCAUUGCAAAGUGGGAGCAAGCAAAGUGAACGUGUUCGACACGUUCAGCGUGAAGACCCCGAAGAAGGAAGCCGACAUCAUCUUCGUGCUGGAACAACUGCGACCAAAUGACAAGGUGUACAAGGAAAUGAUUACGCCUUUAAUGUCUGAGCUCAGGGAGGAAUUGAAACAGCAUGGAGUUACAGACGUGCACAUCGGACUGAUCGGCUACAGCGAGAAGAUGAAGUGGCCUCAACACUACACGGUAAACGGCGACACGAACAUCGUCGGCGAGGUGAAGAACUUGAAAUUCGACGAGAGGAAACCGACUGUUAGUCUCGAGGAAGCGAAGGAAGGUGACACGGGCAAGAAGAUUGACUAUUUGCAGCAGAGAUUAGACGUUGAACUGGGAACAUUCAAGCUGACCGAUGCCUACGAGGAGGCAAUCCGAUAUCCCUUCAGACCUGGCGCGGCGAAAGCAGUGAUUGGCGUAAUCGCGAAUCCCUGCGAGAAGAGUCCGUUUCCAAUUUCUAUGCAGCAAAUUAGGCUACUGCUUGGCCAGAAAGUUUAUAGUGAUCUUGGACUUACCUACUACCACGUGUCAUUCCCUAAAGAGCUGCUCGUCUCGGGCAAACCGCAAAAGAAUAUCGUUGGUUACGACCAGGACAGCGUGUACACAUUCGCUGACAGCAAGAAUAAGCCUAUGACCGGAAGCAGCGACAUGAAGAGCAAUCUCGCAUCUGCGAUCAGCGACGUCUGCGCUGACUUCGCGGUUUCUUCUGGUGGGGCGGCGUUCAGCUCGGACAAUUUCCUGGACGCAAAGCCGGGCCAAAAGAAGCAAUUCGUCCAAGUGGCCACCAAGAGGAUCGUCGAUGGCCUCGUUAAUUUAGAACUCGAAAAAGAUUGUACGUGCGACCAGCAGUUCGGUCUCACCGGAUCUGCUCACUGCAAAAUCGUGGGUCGCAAGGACAAAAGAACAUCCAAGUCAGCAACGAAGGGUUAAGGCGACAUCACCGCGUACAGACUAUCAUUACCAAUUAAUGUAGUUGUAUUUGUAUUUGUUACUUUGUUAUAACACGGUAGGCGUUUCUUUUUUUUUUUUUUGUAAACAACUAGUAAACAAAUUAAGCUCGUCGGACCUCCCAGCGACGGGGGAAGGCCGCAAUUACGUUAAUCGAAACGAGGACUGAUGAAUUCUUUAUUUCUCUGUACGUUCGUAAUUUCGCCCCGACGAAAAUUCGUCGAACACGAUUGUUCACAUUUUUCUCUUCUCUUUUUUUAUUUCUUUCUCGUCUCCGUUAACGAAACAUCGUGUAAGUAAGUAUGCGAAACGUGAUUGUUCAACGCGCCAGCUGUAUCGGUCGCGACAUUUAGAAUAAGUUCUUACCCUGAGAAAAACGCAGGUAUUAAUUAACGUUAAACGCGUGACAAUAAGAAUAUAUAAUUGUAAAGGGGAGCGUAAAAAAAAAAAAA